AUGGAUUCUCUUAUCGAAAACGAUACUGAUUUUUUGGAUUUUAAAGAAAAAAACAGAGAGGAAAUAAAACAGAGGGAAUAAGUUUUUGGAAUUCUUAUUGAUUUAUUUUAAAAUGACUCUAACAAAACAGAGAAUGCAAAUUAAAUUUCUAAGAUUUUGUAGAAAUCAGAGCUUGCGAAUCCAAAAUAUGAUGGAUAACAAAAAGAAGAAAUACUCAGUUAAAUUAUUAAAUCGAUUCCUAAAUGGCAUUUGAAAACAUAUAAGAAAGGGGAGUUUAUUUAUCAUUUUGGGGAGGAUGCACAAAGGGUUUAUUUAGUAAUAAAAGGAGAAGCUAUGUAAUUAAAGCCAAAAGAAUAAAAUGAUUUGCAAAAGGAAAUUUAGGAGAAUAAAUUAAAAUUACAAGUUGUGAAUAUUUUUAAAUCAAAUUCCAAUGUGGGUUCAAAGACAGACCUUAAAAUUUAGUAAAUUAUGAAUAGGAGAAGCUAGGUAUCUUAGUUAGGAGAUCUGUUUAGUACGAACUUAAAAGUUAAAAGUUAAGAUGAUUUAACUAUUUCAGAAUUCAACAGCAUAAAUAAAAAUGAAAGCCUUAAUAACAACUUCUAACAAAGUCCAAUUAAAAAACUAUAAUAAACAUGUUUAAAUAACUCAAAAUUUUAAAUACUAAAAAAAUCUUAGUCUUAAUUAAUGAAACUCACUGGUUUUAAACUUUUAUUGUAAAAUUAACUUUAAAAUCCUGAGUUGAAAGACUUAUAUUUUGACAAUUAGACCUACACAUUUAAGUUUUAGCUAGAUAUUUAUUUGAAUUCUGGUGAACUUUUUGGGAAAUCUGCUGUGAAAGAAGACUCUUGUAGAAUGACAACAGUAGUAGUAAAAAGUGAAGAAUUUUAUGUAUUAGAAAUUUCAAAAUUGGAUUAUCUAAAAGUUUUUUAAUAAAAAAUCUCAAAUGAGGAUGAGUAAGAUGAUGAUCCUUAGUCUCCUCUUAAUAAAAAAAAUUCUAUUAAAUAAUAAAAAUAUCAACUUUUUUUGUCAGUGUUUGAUAAUUCUAGUAUAAAUAAGCUGAAGAAAUUCAUUUCUUUUUUUUAAUAUUAAACUUUUCCUUAGAAUUAUACAGUAUGGAAAAGAGGGUAAGCAGUAGAUAAAAUGUAUAUUAUUUUAAGUGGGAGAGUAGAAAUAUCAGAUGACAGCUUAUAAACUGAUCAAUCUAAUUAUCUAAACUAAAAUCCAUUGGCAUAAAAGAAAUAAAAGAAGAAGUAAGUGAUAUAUGAAACAGGUAAAGGGAAUUUUUUUGGAGAAUUCGAAGUAAUUGAUAAAUUAGAAGAGAGACUAUUUACAGUUAGAACUUUAGAGGAAACGCAAGUCUUUGGAAUACAUUUAAAUGACUUUAGAUUAUGUGAAAAUAUAGUCCCUUAAAUUGUUGAACAACUUGUUUUACAAUGCUCAGUAAAAAAGAGCUGGGUCUUGGUCUAAAAAUCUAAAAUAUAAUAAACUCUUGAUUAAUAUGAAAAAAACAAAAUAUUAAAUAGUCAGAAAUAAGAAGUGAAAGACUUUUUGUUAGAGAACCAGAAAAGUAUUAAAGAAAUAUAAAUAGAUUCUUUUUCAGACCAUCUUAUUUAGAGCAAUUCAUCCUCGCCUGUGUUAAAUAGAGCAAAUGAUAUAAAAAAGUUAAAAGAAAAUUUAAAACUUUAAUUGAAUGAAAGGAAGGAUAAAAAAGGUAGCAGUUCUUAAUUAUCUCCUGUUUUAAAUAAUAAUAACAAGUAAUCUCACACAGCUCUUCCAUCUCCUAAUAAAUUCUUUUUUAGCAGUUCUCAAAUCCCAAGAUAAUAUUUGUAAAUAGACUUGUUUCGAGAUGACUCAACAGAAAACGAAAGAAAACAAUCUAAAUCUCCCACCUAAAAAUAAAAAAAUUAUAGGCCGCCUUCUGUUACUUCAGUAACAAAAAGGAAUGGAAUGAAGUCAACUUCUCCAAUUCCUUUGAUCCCCAUGCCAAUUGAUACAGAUAAGAGUACUUAAGUUCAAUCAACACAAAUGAGAUCAUAGAAUUCUCCUCUUUCUCCAUUAGAUAAAGAUAAUUUUUUUUUUGGAUAACCUAUUAAUGUUGAUGAAGCUAGUCCCAUUUUUCAUAGAAAAGUGUUAAAAUUAAAUAAGCUAUAAUUGAAAUAAGAAUAAUAACACUCAUCUGUAGUUGACACUUUCUCAUAAUAAGUACAAUCACCUACAUUUUAAAAUUAACUUUUACAAAAUACAGAAAUCACAAAUCAAAACUAGAACCAUAACUUUUCUCCAUCUAAAAUUUUAUAAGGUUAAGUUAAGAAAUUACAAAAUAUAACAAAUAAUUAAGGUAUAAAUAAUGAAAAUCAGUAAUAAUCGCUUCUUUUAAAUAGACACUUAAAAAUAUAAAAAAGAGCAAAUAGUUAACCAAAAUUGUUUACUAUAAACAGUUAAUCAUAAAUUGACAAUUCUUAAAUUCAGUAAUAACAAUAAUCAUUAUCUAAAAUAAAUGAAUUCCAUGCAUCAGUUUCAUCUUUAGUGGAUGAGAUUUAGCCUUUAGAAAUAAAUUUAUAAAAUAAUGAAAAAUUAUUAUAAAUUGAAUAAGUUUUUCAUAAUGAUUCAAACAAUCUGAAAAAUUAAGACAAUAGAAAUUAAAGAAAGCUUUUAAAAACAUAAUCAAUGAACUCAAAGUUAAAGUACGCCAUUUCUCAGCAGAAAGAAAAUAGAAAAUACAAUUUAUACAAAAUUAAUUUAGAUAAACAAAUAGAUUAGUCAUAAUAAAUAAGUUUAACAAAAAAUAUAUCUUCUUCUCCAAUAAAAAGAAAGUACUCCUUAAAAUCUCCAACCAAUUAAUCCCCAAUAUAAGAAUUUUAACAAGCACAGCCAACUUAGUUAGAGUUUAUACAAUUGAAUAAUGAAGAAUAAAACUUGCAAAAGGUGUAAUUUUAAGGAGGAGAUAACUAGAUAGGAUCUCCUUCAAUUAAAUCGUUGGCAAAUUUGAAUCAAAUAUAUAGUAAUUUAAAUAGCUUUAGUAAUUUAGAAAAAAUAGAAAAAUUGUAAACCAAUCAAAAAUAAUUAUUAUAAAGUUAAUAAUUAGGCUAGUCAGAUGAUCAUUAUAUUAAAAAAAAUAAUAUUGAAUAUAACUUCAAAGAUAAAAUUUAAAAGUUUUUGCAUUCAAGAAAAUCGUCUUUGGUAAAUCCUAUAUCAUCAAACACUUCUCUAAACAGAAACCAAAAAGAAGAUUAACAAAAUGAAUAAAUGCAUGCCAUAAAUAUUUUAAAUUUGUAGCAAUACAUAGAUUUAAAAAGAAAGAAUAGCAGCAUUUUUAAUCAUUAAAAGCAGAACCUAUAAAAUUAGUAAAAUAUAUAGCAGCAGUAACAACAACAACAAACAGCUAAUAAUUUUUAAGAUAUAUAUAAUAAGGAUAAUGAAUGCAUUCAAAAAUAAAAAAAUAUGUAAUAAGAUGGAAGUUAUAAAGAUUUAUAGAAUAAAAGUAACAGCUAUUAUACUUCAUUAAAUUCUGAAAACUAACGUUUAAACGCUUAAUUAUUAAAUUAGAUGUUAAAGAGAAGUCAUUAAUGUAAAUUUAAAGUGUUAAAUGAUCAAAAAAUUUAGUAAUAGUAAUACUACUAAAUUAAUUAAUCUGCUAAAUCAAAUGAAAGAAAGUUUGGAAGUACAGCUAAUAUAUUAGCUGCUUAAAAUGGUUUCUAUACAAAUGUUAAUAGUCCAACUGAAUAAAUUCCUUCACAUGUAGUAUCUGCUAACAACUCCUUUACAAAUUAAGGUUACUUCAUUAAUAAAAAAGCAAAUUUAUCAUCAUUAUCUCCUUCAAAGUCUACAUCUAAAUAGUAAAAAAGAGCUUUUCAUUAAUUAACAUAAUCAAUUAACGUUAGUAAAAUAUUUUAGUAAUAAUAAAUUAAUUGCUAAUAAAAAUAAAACUCUCUAAGUUUUGCGAAUAUUUAAAACAAAAAAUAACUUUUGUAAGAAUAGUUAUUAGGUAAAUCAAUAAAGAAUAAGUCUAAUAUUUAAGAAUCUGUUAACUAAAUGUAAUCUCAAUCUAAUAUAAAUACUUUCCUAUCUAAUCUAAUAUAAAAAACUAAAUAUUGA